CUCACAUCUCAGCGAGACGCGCUAGCUAGCAAUUAGGUAGCAGCCAGCCACCCAACCAGCAGUAGUAGUACGUGGAAGAGAUCGGCAUGAGCCAGGGGCAACCGAGGCGGCCGCCGCAGGCGCAGGGCGAGGUCCUGCAGGACCAGCCCAUCAAGUACGGCGACGUGUUCGACGUCUCGGGAGAGCUGGCCGGGCAGCCCGUGGCGCCCCGCGACGCCGCGCUGCUGCAGUCGGCGGAGGAGGCCGUGCUGGGCCGAACGCAGAAGGGCGGGCCCGCCGCCGUCCUGCAGUCGGCCGCCGCGCUCAACCGGCGGACCGGACACGUCGGGAAGGGCCAGAUCACGGGCCCCGCCGCCGACGCCGGCGCCACCGUCGCCGAGGCCGAGCUCGCCGGCCGCCGCGUCGUCGCGGAGUCCGUCGGCGGGCAGGUGGUGGCGAGGUUCGUGGCCCCGGCGCCGGUCGGGCUGGCACACCCGGCGGGCGCGCUGGACCAGGACGCCGUGACCAUCGGCCGCGCGCUGGAGGCCGUGGCCGCGACGGCCGGGGACAAGCCGGUGGACCAGAGCGACGCGGCGGCCGUGCAGGUCGCCGAGGUGUGCACCACGGGGGCCAGCGGCAUCAUCCCCGGGGGCGUCGCCGCGGCGGCGCAGGCGGCGGCGGACCACAACGCCCGCACCCCGCGCGACGAGGACAAAGUCAAGCUCCGCGACGUCCUCUCGGGCGCGAGGGAGAAGCUGCAGGCGGACAAGGGGGCGACGGCGGAGGACGCCGAGAGGGUCGUGUCCGCCGAGAUACGUAACAAGCCGGACAUGGCGACCACGCAGGGCGGCGUCGCGGAGGCGGUGACUACCGCGGCGAGGCUCAACCAGGAGCGCCCGUAGCCAACGCUGCCGAGUCCACCGCGGACGAAAACGAGUGCAGCGCCCGUGGGUUGUGGAUGAAACCAACUACAAAUACAGGAGUACCCUUUGUUCUGUCUUGUAAAAAAGAUGUGAAAAUUACUGCAUCUGUAUCAGAAGUGUAGCGAGGUUCGUGGAUUUUAUCUCUGUUUCAAUGCGAUCUGCGAACUGGAGAAUCCGACUUUGGGCAAGGACUCGCGAUAAGUAGGAACAGCUGCAUGAUGCAUGAUGUAUCGUCUUAAAACGAAGGAAUAAUAUGAUGCAGCAUUUUCAGCCAGGAGGA